AAGGAACAAGCAGGAGUCGGGAAUUGUCUUGCUUUGGAGUUUGUUGCAACUACGAAAUCUGGCAUUGAUCCAACAUUAUCGCCAGCCUAAUUGUUUCAAGUUGCCGCGAUCACGGCAGCGCGAAGCAGCUUCCACUGUUUAGUCUCUGACAACCCAACUCACUUCACUGCAUACGUAAUUGCCUACCUGUUGUUUGUUAUGACAGAUUGCCGCAUUGCUUGAGCGCUGAAGUCAUCCCUGUACGAGCUCUUACUUUUUGCUCUUGCCCUUGCUCUUACGAGUUCCGAAUCCCUCACUUGCGCAUCCGAACAAGCAUCCGAAUAACGAAACACCGCACUUGCCAUUCAUGAUUCUCAACACCAAUAACCCUUUCGGCAUAACACGAUAGUUGCAACGAUACUCUUCCUCGCGCCCUAGUCGACCCGAACCCGACAUAGCAUCAGAGGCUGCCAAUCCGAUAUGUCUGGACGAGCGCCUCCAGGAGGCAGCUCCCGCCAAAACGACGACCUUCUACUGGACUUGGAUGACCAGCCUACGUAUAGCUACAAUAGCGGCCAGCGGGCAGAUGAUGCUCCUUCCCGACCUUCCGUAUCCUAUGAUGAUUUCAUUGGCGCUGGAGCUGGAGCUGGAGCUGGAGCUGGACCUGGGCCCGAAGCUGGGAUACACAACCAAACGACACACCCUUCUGUCAAGAACCCCCCCGUAGGCGCAACGAGCUCUGGCCCGCGUCCGCCGUACUUGGGACAGGCCGACAGGCAAUACAGCCAAACAUCAGGUCUGGACAACUACCAGAGAUACGCAGACGACUUCGACGACUACCCCGAAGAUUCCCAAUCCUACUACCAGCACGGCGGCAACGGUACGCAAGCGCGUGAAAAUGCCAGGAAACGCAACAGUGUGCUUGGACUAGGCGGGGGCUUUAUGGGAAGAGCUAAGAAGAUGAUGGGCAUGGGCCAAGGAUACUCGGAAAUGGACCUGCCGCUGACGGAACCCGGCGGUCGAGGGCGAACGGAUUCCACUGUCGAGCCGCAACAGAAACAGGGCAAGAAGUUCGACCUGAAGAACUUCAAGUUCGGGUUUGGGGGGAGCAAGCCAGAUCCAUCCACACUCGGUCCCAGGAUAAUACACCUCAACAACCCCCCGGCGAACGCGGCAAACAAAUAUGUCGACAACCAUAUUUCUACCGCCAAGUACAAUGUCGCCACAUUCUUACCAAAAUUCCUUCUCGAGCAGUUCUCCAAGUUCGCCAAUGUUUUCUUCUUGUUUACAGCAGCAUUGCAGCAGAUCCCCAAUCUCUCCCCGACGAAUCGUUAUACGACUAUCGGACCCUUGAUUGUCGUAUUAAUGGUAUCAGCCGGAAAAGAAUUGGUCGAGGAUUAUCGGAGGAAGCAGGCUGAUAGUGCGCUGAACAAUUCCAAAGCAAGGGUGCUGCGUGGAUCAAACUUCGAGGACACCAAAUGGGUAAAUGUGGCCGUCGGGGAUAUUGUCCGAGUCGAGUCCGAAGAACCAUUCCCUGCUGAUCUGGUGCUCUUGGCUAGUUCCGAGCCGGAGGGAUUAUGUUAUAUCGAAACAGCGAAUCUCGAUGGAGAAACCAAUCUGAAGAUUAAGCAGGCUAUUCCGGAAACCUCGCCUCUGAUCAGUACCAACGAGCUUAGUAGGCUUGGUGGCAGACUCCGCUCCGAGCAACCGAAUAGUAGCUUGUACACCUAUGAAGCAACCCUGACCAUGGCAGCCGGCGGCGGCGAGAAGGAAUUGCCGUUGAAUCCUGAGCAGCUACUUCUGCGUGGUGCUACUUUGAGGAACACGCCCUGGAUUCAUGGUAUCGUUGUCUUUACUGGACACGAAACCAAGUUGAUGCGCAAUGCGACGGCAACGCCGAUCAAGCGGACCAAGGUUGAGCGCCAGCUGAAUGUCCUUGUACUAGCCCUGAUAGGUCUGCUUCUUGUGCUAAGCGCUAUUUGUACCAUUGGUGACCUGGUCUUCCGAUCUUCCAGAGGCGGUUCAGUUCCCUAUCUCAUGCUUGACUCCCUCGACGGCGCCAGCAUCGUCGUCCAGACCAUCUUCAAAGAUCUGGUCACCUACUGGGUACUCUUCUCAGCUCUGGUCCCAAUCUCUUUGUUUGUCACUAUAGAAAUGGUCAAGUAUUGGCACGGUAUUCUCAUCAAUGACGACCUUGACAUCUACUAUGACAAGAACGACACCCCUGCCAAUUGCCGAACAUCAAGUUUGGUUGAGGAGCUUGGCAUGGUUGGCUUCGUUUUCUCCGAUAAGACAGGAACCCUGACAUGCAACAUGAUGGAGUUCAAGCAGUGCUCAAUUGCUGGAAUUCAAUAUGCUGAUGAGGUUCCUGAAGACCGGCGUGCCACAGUCCAGGACGGCGUGGAAGUAGGCGUGCAUGAUUUCAAGCGGCUCCGGGAGAACUGCAAGAACCACGAAAGCGCACCAGCAAUUCACCACUUCCUCGGUCUAUUGUCCACUUGUCACACAGUUAUUCCUGAGCGAGACGAGUCCAAGGGUGGGAAGAUCAAAUACCAGGCCGCUUCACCUGACGAGGGUGCUUUAGUCGAAGGUGCUUUGGAGCUUGGGUACAAAUUCAUUGCUCGUAAGCCUCGUUCCGUCCUUAUUGAAGUCGAGGGUAAGGAGUACGAGUAUACGCUGCUGGCGGUUUGUGAAUUUAACUCAACAAGGAAGAGAAUGUCAACCAUCUACCGUUGUCCCGAUGGGAAGAUCAGAUGUUACACCAAAGGAGCCGACACCGUCAUCCUCGAGCGGCUUUCUGAGAACAACCCGCAUGUGGAUGCUACCUUAAUCCAUCUUGAGGAAUAUGCGUCAGAAGGCCUACGUACUCUUUGUCUAGCCGUGCGAGAAAUUCCCGACCAUGAAUUCCAGGAGUGGAUAUCCAUUUUCGAGAAGGCACAGACGACUAUGGGUGGUAACAGAGCCGAAGAACUUGACAAGGCUGCCGAGCUGAUCGAACAUGACUUCUACCUAUUGGGUGCAACUGCCAUCGAAGAUCGUUUACAAGACGGUGUGCCCGAGACGAUCCAUACCCUACAACAGGCCAACAUCAAAGUUUGGGUUCUGACUGGUGAUCGACAAGAAACAGCCAUCAAUAUCGGCAUGAGCUCCAAGCUCCUUAGUGAAGACAUGACACUGUUGAUUGUCAAUGAAGAAAAUGCCGCAGCAACCCGCGACAAUAUUCAAAAGAAGCUCGAAGCCAUCCACAGCAAUGCUGAGGGUCAAAUCGAGAUGGAUACACUCGCGCUUGUCAUUGAUGGCAAAUCGCUCACAUAUGCUCUCGAGAAGGACAUGGAAAAACAGUUCUACGAUCUUGCUGUUAUGUGCAAGGCUGUGAUCUGCUGCCGUGUCUCGCCCCUACAAAAGUCUCUGGUUGUGAAAUUGGUCAAAAAGUAUACAGACGAAAUCACGUUGGCUAUCGGCGAUGGAGCCAACGAUGUCUCGAUGAUUCAAGCCGCGCACAUCGGUGUUGGCAUUAGUGGUGAAGAAGGUCUUCAGGCGGCGCGAAGCGCAGAUAUCUCAAUUGCUCAAUUCAGGUUCCUCCGCAAGCUCACUCUCGUUCACGGCGCUUGGAGCUAUCAACGUGUUAGCAGAGCCAUUCUGUUCUCAUUUUACAAGAAUAUCACCUUGUACAUGACACAGUUCUGGUACACUUUCCAAAACGUCUUCUCCGGUGAGGUUAUCUACGAGUCAUGGACGCUGUCCUUUUACAACGUCUUCUACACCGUGCUGCCACCACUGGUUAUCGGUAUCCUGGAUCAAUUCAUCUCCGCACGUCUUCUCGACCGCUACCCGCAGCUUUACUCGAUUGGUCAGGAGAACCAAUUUUUCAAGGUUAGGGUUUUUGUGAACUGGAUCCUCAAUGCCUUCUAUCACUCGAUUAUCUUGUACAUUGGGAGUGAGUUGAUUUGGUAUGGCGACACCAUAUUGAAUGACGGAACGACAGCCGGCCACUGGGUUUGGGGAACAGCCCUCUACGGGGCUGUCCUUGCUACUGUUCUCGGAAAGGCUGGGCUUAUCACGAACAACUGGACCAAAUACCAUGUUCUCUCGAUUCCAGGAAGUAUGGCGAUCUGGUUCGUUUUUGUCGCCGUCUACGCUUACGUGGCUCCCAAAUUGGGUUUCUCGACGGAGUACGAUGGUCUCGUACCGAAAUUAUUCACAUCUCCAGUUUUCUACCUGCAGCUGGUUGUUCUGCCAUGCGUAUGCCUGCUUAGAGACUUCUCCUGGAAGUAUGGGAAGCGCAUGUACAGGCCGCAAACAUACCAUCACAUCCAGGAAAUCCAAAAAUACAACAUCCAAGACUACAGGCCGAGAAUGGAACAGUUCCAGAAAGCCAUCAGAAAAGUACGACAAGUACAGAGAAUGCGAAAGCAACGCGGAUAUGCCUUUUCGCAAGCAGAUGAAAGUCAAACGCGCGUCAUCAACGCGUACGAUACCACAAGAGUUCGUGGUCGGUAUGGAGAAAUGCCGGCCUCGUCAGACAGAUCAUGA